AUGGCAGGUCCAGAAAGUGAUGCACAAUACCAGUUCACUGGUAUUAAAAAAUAUUUCAACUCUUAUACUCUCACAGGUAGAAUGAAUUAUGUACUGGUCACAUACAGAAGCAUUGCUUUGAUUGUCUUAUAUUUCAAGUUAAGGUCCAAAAAAACUCCAGCUAUGAAAGCAACAUAAAUGGAUUUUAAACUGUCUACAGUUCUUAAUCUCAUCUGUUAAGUUCCCAUGCCUGGAGAAG